AUGUUGGGGCAGUUCUGCGUCCUAGCAGGAUGUUUAGCCGAAGUGGUCUUUUUCCUGUACAAGACAGGAGAAGCCAUGUUGGACGCCGCCGUACGACCGUUUGUGAUGCACGCCGUCUGCCACGAGUUGACACGUGAUCUGGUCAUUGUCGCCCAUGAAUGGACACCCAGGAUGGCGAUGUUUCAGAAUGGAACCCUGGACCCGUGCGAGCACCUGAAUGAGCUACCCACCCUGGAGGGUGCAGUGCAAUCAAGGUCAGCCACAUUUUUGAUGAUUUACCGUAUUCUGGUCAACGUGCCCGCUAUUAUACUGAGCCUGUUUUGUGGGGCCUGGAGCGACCAGACGGGCAGAAAGCUCCCUAUGAUGGUGCCCAGCGUGGGCAGUAUCCUGGCCGUGCUGUUGUACAUGGCCGGUGUGCUGGUCACUGAGCAUACACUGACCAUCAUCAUGGUCGGAGCUCUCAUGCAGGGACUGAUGGGCAAAAGUUCUGUGAUAACGAUGGCCGUCAACAGUUACAUCAGCGACAUCACCGACACGGCUGACCGCACCCGGAAACUGGGCAAACUGCUGGCCAUGAACUUCUUUGGUCUCUUUGUGGGUUCCCUGCUGGCGGGGGCGAUCCAGGACAUGUUCAACCUACAGGUGCUGCUCGUGGUUGUGGCGGUGUUUCACGCCGUCUCCGUCGUGAUGGUAGCCUUGUGUGUGGAGGAAACUGUUCACAUGAAAACGCCUCUUGAUGAUGAUUAUGACGGGGAAGCUAAGAUAGCAUUGUUCAGCUUUGAGGGACUGAGUGAAUCGGUGAAGACGCUGGUCAAGGCACGCGAGGGAGGCAAGAGGACCCUGGUGCUGUCGGCGUUCCUGGCCAUGUUUCUCAACCAGACCUGCAAGGUGGGCGAGCAGGACAUCACCGUCCUCUUUGUACAGAGAUCCCCGCUGUCAUGGCCGCCUUCUUGGUAUGGAUAUCUGCUGUCCGUGGACUACGCGGUUAUGGGACUCUGUCUGUUGCUGCUUCUUCCGGUCCUGUCCACUUUCCUACACAUCAGUGACAUCGCCAUUAUCCUGCUGGGUUUGACCUGCAAGUUGGUGCGCACCGUCUGGGCCGGCUUCUGCACCGAGACCUGGAUGGUGUACGCUUCCGUGGUGGUGGGCGCCAUGGCUGGGGUCAUCACUUCCGCUCUCAGGUCUAUCCUCAGUAAAUCUGUCAGCGACCACGAGCUGGGUAAGAUCUUCGCUCUGGCAGCCAGCGCGGAGACGGCGGCCAAGCUUCUGGGCUCUGUGGCUUUCAUCAACAUCUACAGCGCUACGGUCACCAUCUGGCCGGGUCUGGCUUACAUCAGCGCUGCCGGGGUGUACCUACUGCUGGCUGCUCUUAUGAUCUGGUUGUACAAACAAGGUCAAGAGCCACCACAAAGCAUAGACGAGGACCAGACGGACUUCAUCACACUGGAAAAAGCCAAAAUGCCUGACCUUCCGAUCGUCCUUGAACCCGAGGCGGAAGUGGGAGAGAAGGAAGUGGUAUCGUUGCUUCCCCUGAGCCCCAGUUUUGUGAUCGUUCCCGCCAACAUCCCCUGA